GUUUAUUGGUUUCGAAAGUGUGUUUUUGGAGCUCUUAAUUGAAUGAUUGGAGGAUAAACCAUUUACAGGAGUAUUAGAAAAAUUCUUCUGGACAUUCUCUUUGAAUAAUAAUAGCACUGAAGAAUAUGGUACAUAUAAGAAGUUUACAGAAAUUAUGGGGCAUACCGCGUGUCCUAGACGAGAAAACAGAAAAAUUGAGGCACAUAUCGGAAGCAAUGCUGAAAAUCCUGAGCCACAUAGUGGAGAGAAAUUCACAAAGAUCUGAGGCACAUAUUGGAGAGAAGUUCACAAAGUUCUGAGGCACAUAUUGGAGAGAAGUUCACAAAGUUCUGAGGCACAUAUUGGAGAGAAAUUCACAAAUAUCUGAGGCACAUAUUAGAGAGAAAUUCACAAAGAUCUGAGGCACAUAUUGGCGAGAAAAGGAUGAAAAUCCGAAGCACAUAUUAAAGAGAAAUCUUCAGACUAGAGACACAUGUUAGAAAUUCACAGAGGUCUGAGGCACAGUUGAAAAUAAAUUCAGAAAACUUUGAGGCACGUAUUGAAAUCGAGAUGCACAUCGUAAAGAAAAAAAUGCAAAAGAAUAACAGACAUAACUUAAAAAUCUGAAGUACAUUUUGAUAAAAUAGCACAAUACGACACACAUCUCAGUAGAAAAAUACAAAACGUUAGGACACAGAAAAAAAUGCGAAACAAUUCAAUACGAGAAUAUCUCCGAUAGAGUAUCAUUAAAAAUAAAUAAAUUAGCAAAUAAUAUGUUUUAUAAACAAUUCGCGGACUUAAAUGACUUUUUUUGGAGGUAACCGAACUUUAAUGCACCUGGCGAAGAAUUCGAAACGACCAAUGACAUUCGCUCCCACGAGAAAUUUUAGCCAUUAGAUUGGUGGGUGCCAAAUUCUGUCGCAAGAGCAUAUUGUCACGAAGCUCGCCAGUUAUUCUAAAGGAGUUAUAAAUAUAGUUUGUAAAGGUCUGACCUUCAUUCGGCGAAUGCGAUGAAACUGUUUAGCGCAGCUUCAAUUCAAUGAAUGUUGUUUGUGUUAGCGUUGCUCCGUUUCGUGGCGACCUUCAUUACUUAAUUCCUCAUUUAACCUAAUUAUUUCAAGUGGACGCAACGUAAGUAUAAUGGUAGCGAGAUGUUGCGCUUCAAGGUGUUGAUCUUUACCUUGCUAACAGCUGCACAAGUGUCGGCUAAUCUUACAUCCUUCCAUCUCAAAGAUAAUUUAAGAGCACAAGUGAAAUCAAGUGAUGUCAAUUCGUCCGAGACCAAGAUCCAAGUGGGAAACGAUGGAAACAGUAAACAGAAAAGUGGAGGUAUUCACGUGGCCACAUGGAGAUGGGAUUACGUCGAAGAUCCUUUCAUCUACACCACUUUUGUUAUCAUUGCUGGAAUGUGUAAAAUAGGUUUUCAUCAUGCGGAUUUCCUUUCUUCUAUAAUUCCAGAAUCGUGCUUGCUUAUUAUGUUGGGAACGGCAGUAGGAACGAUCGUUUAUUUUACAGGAUCCGAAGUAGUUCCAACUUUCAAUUCGGAUACUUUCUUCCUUUAUUUACUUCCUCCGAUAGUUUUAGAUUCCGCUUACUCUCUUCAUGACCGUGCCUUUUUUAGUAACUUAGGAACAGUUCUACUUUAUGCGGUUUUGGGUACACUGCUAAAUUGUUUUCUAAUAGGACCUACUUUAUUUGGAUUAUGGAAAGUGGGUGCAUUUCGCGCAUUGAAUUUAGGAGCUAUCGAGUGCCUUAUAUUCAGUGCUCUGAUAUCAGCAGUGGACCCCGUUGCUGUGUUAGCUAUAUUUCAAGAAGUCGGAGUAAAUAAAUCCUUAUACUUUCUGGUAUUUGGUGAAUCGUUACUAAACGAUGCUGUUACAGUUGUAUUAUAUACAAUGAUGGUUGCUCUAUCGACUAGCGAGAAAAUUACUGCAGAACAGAUAGGAUUAGGUGUAGCGACUUUCUUAUGUGUCAGUUUCGGUGCAUUGUCUAUAGGAAUUAUUAUGGGAUUGCUGACUGCAAUUGUAACUAAAUACACCACAAAUGUAAGAGUUGUGGAGCCAUUGGCUAUGUUGGGAAUUGCAUAUUUAUCGUAUCUUUUGGCAGAAAUGGUCCAUUUUUCGGGAAUAAUUAGCAUAAUAGCGUGCGGUAUAGUACAAGCCCAAUACGCCAGACGUAAUAUAUCCGAAAAGUCUUCCAUAACAGUAAAAUACUUCAGCAAAAUGCUGAGUGCUAUAUGUGAUACAAUUAUAUUCCUGUUCCUGGGGAUGGUGUUAAUAAAUGACGAACACGAGUGGCAUACGGGAUUCGUUUUUUCAGCCGCAGCCCUGUGCUUUAUCUAUCGUUUCGGGAGCGUUUUCUUACUUACUCACAUCGCUAACAGCUUAGAAAGGGUUCGUCCAAUUAAUAUGGAAGAGCAAUUCAUUAUGGCUUACGGAGGAUUAAGAGGGGCCGUUGCUUUUUCUUUAGUCAUCAUGCUCAAAGAAGAUGAUGUUCCAAAUAAAAAGUUAUUUGUUACUGCCACGUUAUUCAUUAUCCUUUUUACAGUUUGCAUUCAGGGUGGAACCAUCAAACCUCUUGUUAGCCUAUUGAAAAUUAGGAGACAGUCGGGAAAAACUACCAGCCUCUUUACUGAAAUUAAUAAUAAGGUGGUGGACAAUAUAACUGUUGGAAUCGAGGAGAUUACUGGUGAUCAUGGUGACAAUACUUGGAUGCAACGGCUUUAUCGCUACAAUAACCAAUACAUAAAAUCGUGGUUGCUAUCAUCAUCGGGGGAUGAUGAUAAACUAACGAGGAUAUACACCAAAAUGGUUUUAGAGGACCACUACGCUCAUCUGUAUGGACCAGCAACAGUAAUCGAAGAGAAUCGUCCGCUUCCUACUUUCAUUGGUUCCGAUUAUUGCGAAAUGGAAAAACUGGAUUUGGGUGAAGAGGAGAACGAAAUGAUGAUAAAAACUGACGAAGACGAGAAGAAACCUCUUAGAAUAGAAGAAGAAUCUUCGGUAGAAAACGCCGCUCCUGCCAACGAUUUAAACAAACGUCGACAUACCGUUAUCAACAUGCUUGCACCUUCUCUGAGACGUAAACAUCCUCAGGAAGACAACACGUCGGAACUCCUUAAGAAAGCGCUAUUGCAUAAUCCUUAUAAUAAGUUUCAUCAAAAAUAUAAUCCGAAUUUAGUGGGAGAAGAGGAUCAGGAAUUAAGCACGCACUUACGAGCUAGAAGAAUUCGCGCUCGUCGUCUGACUUUAGCAGCCCUUCAUUCGUGUUCGGCAACGGAAGAUGAAGACAUUCCAGAAGAACAAACGGAAAAACCUGAAGUUCAACCAAGAGUACAAUCCGAAUUAUAUUCCAGUCCCACAAAUAAAUUGUUAGAGAAAGCGUACAGACGUCGUUCGCUGAUGAGUAGCAAACGUCCCAGAUUGGAAAGAGCAAAGACUAUAUUUGCAGAAACUCAAGCAGAAAACGCGGAAGAGCAACCUUUAGUCAGACAGAAACCCAAAAGUGUUAACUUGGGUACGAUAUCCGAAGAAAAUGGUGACGCGCAACCUUCGGACAUCGUCCAGAGUCAAAGUCAAAAAAGAGUUAGACUUCAGAAGUCUAUCACUAUUGAUACGUCUCCUGAAAAUGACGAGACUACUAUAUAAAUAUUUAGUAUUUGCCUUAUUAAUUAUGCACCCGAAAUCUCCAUAUGUUGCACAAACCGUGCUGUAGUCUGUUGGUCUUUUUUUAUUGCACACAAUAUCCACGAUUUCUUUACUAAAUUACUCUUCCUCUUUCCAUCUAUAGAAUAUGGAAUUUUGAAGACUAUAAUUCCAUAAAUACUACAAAGGAUUUACAUACACUUAAUUCAUAAAACCGACAAGGAUGUGAAUUUUACUAGAUUCUGUACAUUUUUUUCUGUACUGUACUGUAGUAAGGAAUAUCUGCUCUGCAUUCCAGUUACCGGAACAAGACUUGCAAACCAUUCUUACAACAAUUGUAGCAUUGGUGUGUGAAUAAAUUGUUUGGGAAGUCUUUUAUUGCUAACUAGAGUGCAGUUGAGGUGUCUGUUACCGCACCAGAGUGCAGUUCCCCGGUGUCUGUUACCGCACCAGAGUGCAGUUUGAGGUGUAUGUUACCGCACCAGGGUGCAGUUUGAGGUGUCUGUUACCGCACCAGAGUGCAGUUGAGGUGUCUGUUACCGCACCAGAGUGCAGUUGAGGUGUCUGUUACCGCACUAGAGUACAGAAAGAAGAGUUGGUUCUCCACUAAUUUACAAGAAUUGUGAAUGCCCUUCUCUGUAAAUCACUCUAUUCUAAAGUACUAUAUGAUAAUCGUAACCUCUUACGAGCUUUGUGAUAAUGAGACGUACUAAUUAAUAAUUUUGAAGUAAAUUAGGAUAUAUUUUCUCUAAACUGAUAUCUAAACUAUUUUAGAAUACCUCGUAUUCAAAAUAAAAAGAGAACUAAAUUUAUGAAUAACAGAAUUUUUCUCACUCUAACUAAAGGGGAUAAUUAUUAACAAAUAUUUUUAAUAUUGUACAGUACUACUAUAAAAAAAGAUGCUUCCAGAAGUGUUUUAGAGUACAGAACUGAUUAUAGAAUCACAGCUGUAUCUAGAACAGAACGUGACGUUGUACCACGGGUGCUAGAACUUUAAAUAAAGGGAAAAUUCAUCGUGCACAACACUGACACUAGAAGCUUGUCUCUGAUUUAUGCUGCAAAACGAAUAUAUUUGAAGGUGAACAUAAUUGUUGCAAUAUUUUUUACGUUUGAAUAAGACUAAUACACUAUGAGAAAUAUAUAUAUAAUGUUUACCGUGAAUAAUUUUGGCAUAUUCGUGCAUUUUUUAUACUUGUUGUUUAUAAAAGUGAAGUGCUCGACGAGUAGAAUAUAUAAA